GUAACGUGAUGUGCAAAGUGUCUUUUACUGCCAGGAAUGAACAUGCAUCGCCCUGCCCUGACAGGAUCUGACAUCCAGACACUGGUCAUGAUUACUCUCACUAUCCUUCUCUCUUUAAUGUGUAAGAUCUCUGUUUCUAUUGAGGUUUAUUUCAAUCUCUUGAACGCAGCCCUCCAGUUUCUCCCCCUCUCUCUCUCUCUGCUCGACCCGGCCAGUGCGCAUGCGCUCUGCUGACACUCCAGUAAUCCGCUGUUAAGGAGGUGGAUGCAUCCUUGUCCACUGCGCUCGUGUCAUCAUCAGUGAGGGAGAAAUUGAAGCUCGUGGAAGGAUAUCAAACAUAUAACAGGGACCGUAGGAGCAUACGAUGGGACCGUUCAAUGCCGGCGUGCUGGGAUGGAGCAGUUUUCCACUAUGAGCCGGCGACAGACGGGACUUGAGCGAGGAUGUUUCCUGAAAACACAAGACAACAAGGCUCAGCAUCUACAGUCCAUCAAAAACGCUGGAAAUAUUAGAUGAACGCAGGCUGGGGAUGGAGCCGGCGGAAGAUUGAGUGAUCCCUCCUGGACGAGACCUCCUCGGCUAUUUGAACGCCCGUGUGUCGGCUGUCUUUCUGGCCUCUGUACCGCUGUGUGGACACCGACACAGACCACCUUUUUUUAAAUAUAUAUAUAUAUAUUUAUCACAACUAACCGCUCUGCAGUGCUGUUGAUAGGCAACCCACAUGCGCUGCUGUUGAUCAGUGAUUAGCCGUCCACUUAUUAUGGAAAGUAUGCAUUGAAACGCACGUGAUCUCUGCGUUUGUUGCCUCCAGGGUUUUUUUAUUUUUAUUUUUUAUAAGCUGUCGAAAUCCAUGCCGUGUCUCCUCAUUGACUGCUUCACUGGAAUGAUACUUCAGCUGCUUCGCCGGUCGAGACUUGCUAUGACAGGCCGGCAAGUCUGCAUAAAUCCCAGGGCGAGUUGAUGAACUGGACUGACCGGCCUCGGCGGUGGAAACUAAGCCGCCUAUCUCAACACAGCGGAAACUAGGAUCAUCUCCCCGUCUUUGAGUUGGCAGAGCACCGCAGCCUGAAAACGGAACAUUCCUCUCGGGUGUUUUUUGUCGGAUAUCACACUCAAACUUAAAGCGGAUCUGUGGAUGUUUUUGGGAGUUUAAAGAGCAAGCAUCUUUUUAUAAAAUCACGGUUAAAUUCUGAACGUGGUAGUGGUCUUAUCUGUGAGAAAGGGUUUCAGACAUGUCGUUUUAUCCAGUGGGGGGAAAUGCAGCUGGGCUGUUUCUACUGGUAAACUUUCACAGCAGCUGUUAGUCAGGCUGGAUGUCUGAAAGAUGAGACUCAGAUUUUAGCAUACUUGUAGUUUUGCCAACACCCUUCCCGGGAAAUGCAAUUCAUUGAUUUCCUCCAGUACCCGCAUUGUAAAAAAAAAAAGAAAACCCUGCAGAUAUAUUUUGUAUCACUUUUAAUUCACCAUUGAUCACUAUUACCCGUCCUGGAUGUUUCUUUCCCCCCACUUCUUGAACCUUUUUGGAUUUUCUAGCUGUUUGGCUGCUGAGAUGCUGAAGGACGGUGAACACAUUCGCCUCUGCACACACCUUUUCCUGAUUUGAUUUUUCGGAGCAAAGUGAAGAGGAGCACCAGGCAUGAGACUGCACAGGCUGAGGAAAUGUGUCUCAAGGAACGCAGGAGGAAUCAUGAGUGGCACUGUGGAAGAUGUGGUGCAGAGUGUUACGAGCUUAAAUUCUACAAAAGAGAGAAUUAAAAACCGUCGCUGUGAGAAAAUUGUAUUUUCACCUCUCUGAGACCGACUGCUGGAAUUGGAAUUGGCACGCCACGCAUCCAAUUACUGUUUGAAUUGAGAACUUCCUCCCCCGUGCACUGUGGGAUAUCCACCCUGAUCUGCAUACUUGGCCACCUGCAAGAUACUCGUACCCUUAUCCCUCAUUCCCUGCUGCUGUGGUUUUUAUUUGUUUUUACUCUUGCACCCUCAGAGUUCUUUUGCAGGAGUAAAUUCUUCCGUUUUCAAGCAGAAAGUUGUCAACAGGACGUUUACAUCGAAUACAAAAACACCUGAUGAGGGAUGCUGUUGUAGUCCAAAUAACCUCUUUAGUCUCUUCAGUGUAUCUCAGUAUGCCUCGCUGAAAAACAACACUGGAUCCCUCGUCAGAUUUUGCACUCUGGAAGAAAACAAAACAAACACUGUUGCCCAAUCAGAGCGCAUUCAGAGACUGAUUUCCUAUCGCUGUGGUGAUGGGGAGCUCAGCCUCGUCUCUCACUGCAGAGACCGAGUCAGACCAUGGCUUCCGCAGCACCCCGUAUCCAUCGUCACCCCCUGUGGGUUGGCUCAGGAACAGCCACAGUAGCCCGGUGUGGGGCACCACCUUCAUCACACGGCAGCAGCAGCACCCGCUGCCUCACCGAGAGCGCAGCCACUCUCACUCUCCUGGCUCCAUGGCAGCAGCGGUGCGAGGCAGUGAGUGGUCAUGUGGACGCUGCACCUUCUUAAAUGCCGGUGCAGCACCUCGCUGUUCCAUCUGUGAGGCGCCACGCCAGAAACCUGACCUUAACCAGAUCCUACGGCUGAGCAGCACCGAGGAGCAUCGCUGGGCCUGUCCCCGCUGUACACUCAACAACCCCCAGGGUUCUGGCGCCUGCUCCGUCUGCGGCUUCGGACCAUCCCCUGCAACUCACACACCUCCUACAACCACUAUAGCUGCUACUGCCAACGGCCUCCCGCCUGCUCCGGCCGAACCCCCAGCACCUACCGUCACCUCCACAGUUUUACUUGAGCCCCAUGGACAGCAUCCAGCUAAGGAGGAAGUGCUGCGACGGUCUGAGAGCAACGGAGAAGUGGUGAGCCUGGAGGGGCAUCACGCUGGCUGGGCCUGCCCUCGCUGCACACUUCACAACACACCCGUGGCGCUGUCGUGCUCAGCCUGCGGCGGUCCCAGGAAACUGUCUUUGCCUAAAAUCCCCCCUGAAGCUCUGGUGGUGCCUGAGGUGCGCACACCUGUGCUGGGGUUUCCUGUUCACACAGCAGGCACUGCCCCCCUUCUCAUAGACCUAACGGAUGACUCUCCCCCAGCCCCACCCUGUGAUCCCCAAGAACCACCUCAUGUGUCCUCACAGGCCCUUUCUUCCCCUUUUACUGCUUUCUCCUCCUCCCUCCAAAACAACCCUGUGCCCCGCAGCAGGAGAGAGGUGCCCCCUCCAGGGCGCCCACCAAACCCAGGCACCAACACUCCCAGUCCCACAUCACCUUCAGCAGCCAUUGUUCCACCCCAGCCAGGCCCACAGCGUCCAGCCAAGCCCAAACAUGCCCAACCCCAGGAACCUUCAUACCCCAGCAAGCGCCUCAGUAUCUUAGAGGAAGAAGACCCUCAGCACCAUCCACUGACCCCCCACCUCCCUGUUGCUUCCUCAGCUGCCCCCACCUGGAAGUGCCCUAGCUGCUCGUUGCCCAACCCCGGUAACUCAUCUAAGUGUGAGGCCUGCCGAUCAUCACGGGCCGGUGCUGACCUCAUUGACCUGGUUGGCUGUGAGACGGUACGAUUUACCCCGGCCAGUCCAUCCAGCCCAGACUUUAGCACCUGGGCCUGCUCCAAGUGCACGCUGCGCAACCCUACAGGUGCACCCAAGUGCUCAGCCUGUGGUUCUUCCAAGCUACAUGGCUUUCAAGAGCAGCCACUACCACGCUGCUGUACACACUGUGGCCUCCCGUCAGGGCCUGGCACUGCAUCAUGCUCCUGUACACCUUCCUCCUCUUCAUCCUCCUUGGGUCAUAAAACACGCAAACAGGCCCGGGGCUUCCCUUCCUCCUCUUCUGCUAUUGCUUCUAGUUCUUCCUCUGCCUCCACCUCAUCUAGCCUUCAGGAGAAGGUAGGACAGUGGAGCUGCCCAGCAUGUACGCUGCUAAAUGACAUCAAGGCCAAGAACUGUGCAGCAUGCCACACACCCCAGCAGUACCUCACCCUUCGCAAGGUGGUUAAGCCUCUGAAGAGGAGAGAAAGCAUGCACGUAGAAGCCCGUCGACGAAAUGAUGAGGGCGAGGCCAAGGAGCUUUGGGAGAACAUAGUCAGCUUCUGCAGAGAGGCAACUGACAUUGGUCCAGCAACAAACUCUGUGAACUUCGUGGAUGACAGUUUCCCUCCGGGACCUCGCUCCGUGGGCUUCCCCGAGGGCGACAGCGUCCAACAGCGAAUCAAAAAGUGGCUCCGCCCCCACGAGAUCAACUGCAGCAACUUCAAAGACCGAGGCGUCAAGUGGUCCGUCUUCAGCACGCCAAGGCCGUCUGACAUCCUGCAAGGCCUGCUCGGGAACUGCUGGUUCCUGAGCGCGCUGGCGGUGCUGGCAGAGCGUCCGGAGCUGGUGGAGAGGGUGAUGAUCACCAGGACCAUCUGCCAGGAGGGGGCCUACCAGGUUCGGCUGUGUAAAGAUGGGACGUGGACGACGGUACUGGUGGACGACAUGCUGCCCUGUGACGACUAUGGCUACCUCCUCUUCUCCCAGGCUCAGAGGAAGCAGCUCUGGGUGGCGCUGAUUGAGAAGGCCCUGGCCAAACUCCAUGGUUCCUACUUUGCCCUGCAGGCAGGGCGCGCCAUCGAAGGCCUGGCCACACUGACUGGGGCUCCCUGCGACUCUCUGAUGCUCCAAGUCAGCUCCACCAACCCUCGGGAGGAACCCAUCGAUACAGACCUCAUCUGGGCCAAGAUGCUCAGCUCCAAGGAGGCUGGGUUUCUAAUGGGUGCAUCUUGUGGGGGAGGCAACAUGAAGGUAGAUGACAUUGUCUACGAGUCUCUGGGUCUGAGGCCUCGACAUGCCUAUUCUGUGCUGGAUGUACGAGAUGUUCAAGGUUACAGGCUAUUGCGGCUGCGUAACCCGUGGGGUCGCUUCUCGUGGAACGGCAGCUGGUCGGACGAGUGGACGGACUGGCCGCAGCACCUGCGUCACGAGCUGAUGGCUCAUGGCAGCAGUGCGGGCGUCUUCUGGAUGGAGUACACGGACUUUAUAAAGUAUUUUGACUCAGUAGAUAUCUGCAAGAUCCACUCAGACUGGCAGGAGGUGAGACUACAAGGCUGCUUUCCCAGCAAGGCAAGUGGUCCGGUCACAGUCACAUCCCUCACUGUGCUGGAGAGGACAGCAUUGGAGUUUGCUCUCUUCCAGGAGGGAAGCAGGCGUUCAGACACAGCCGACAGCCACCUGCUGGACCUGUGCAUCAUGGUGUUUCGUGCCUCCUUCGGUAGCGGCAACAAGCUAACUCUGGGCCGCUUGUUGGCCCACAGCAAGCGGGCCGUGAAAAAGUUUGUCGGCUGCGAUGUUAUGCUGGAGCCUGGAGAGUACGCUGUUGUCUGCUGCGCCUUCAACCACUGGCAGAUGAAUGUCAGCGGGACGGGAGGUCCGCCCACUCCCAUCUCGAGUCCCACAAGCGGAGCAGCACGACGGCCCAGCCAGGACUUCCCCGGCUACAUCCUCGCCAUCUACAGCUCCAGACAGGUAAUGGUGGAGCAGGUGGAGGCGACCGCCACCACGCUGGCCGACGCCAUCAUCCUCCUCACGGAAAACAAAGGCGAGAGACACGAGGGCCGCGAGGGCAUGACGUGCUACUACCUGACCCACGGCUGGGCAGGGCUCAUCGUGGUGGUGGAAAACCGCCACCCCAAAUACUACCUCCACGUGUCCUGCGACUGCACUGACAGCUUCAAUGUGGUGUCCACGCGCGGCAGCCUCAAGACCAUCGACAGCGUACCACCUUUGCACAGGCAGGUGCUGGUGGUCCUUUCACAGCUGGAAGGAAAUGCUGGUUUCUCUAUCACACACCGCCUGGCUCACCGCAAGGCAGCCCAGGCCUCCCUGGGAGACUGGACCCCUACCAAGGCCACCCACAGCCCCCAGCUCACUCCAGACAUAGACGGACUGCACCGGCCCAGGCCACUAUGACCACCGCCCACUAUCUCACACGCACACAGACUAUAUAAAUCCAAUGAACUGUCAGACCACUGGAAAACCAGGCAAGGGAGGGCGAGCGGUGUGUGUGUGGCCCGAAAACACAGAGAAAGAUGCAUAUUUGUGCGUCUUAUGUUCGAUGAACACACACCUGAAUGUAAAGCAUAAAUGGGCAGCGUUUAUGUGCCGUCCUCCUAAUGCUCCAUAAAAGUCUUCAUCCAGCUAGCGCUCUCUCCCUUGCCAAGUGGAUGUGCCAUGUCAGGAUGAAAUGAGGGAAGCGGGCAACGUGGGGUGACCGGGACUUACUCACAAAACAGUUUUUCACCCAGGCACCUAACAGGAUUCUGGAUGUUUUUUUUUGUUUUGUUUUGCGCUGUACGUGAAACAGAUGUCACCCCUGAGUUUCAUAUGCUUGGAGACGACCCUAAGCAAGCUUGACGGGAGUCGGGGUGGAGUGCUGUAACUACUGAGCCAUUUGCAGGCCCACAACCUCUGAGCCAAUCACCCGCAGAGAUCAGACACUUACCCCUAUGUCGAGACUUCAGGGGGGCGAGUUUGUCUCACUCGGCCCUCAGUACGGUACUAAAUGAGCCAAACCCAACUUCUAGUUUUACACAGUCAUACAUGUUUGUUUUUUUUAUUUGAGAAUAUACACAUCGGUCUUAGUAGUUUUAUACAUGACUCUUGUUGCCGUCUCGUCCAUAUUUGUGUUUUUGAGGUCAUAGAAAAAGCCAUCAUUCAUACAGUACUGUCUGUCCCCACUCUCCACCAUCACCACAGUGCUGUCUAGCGCUCUCUCUAGCUCAGGACCAAACCCAUGAUUUGUACAGUAAGCUGGAGUCAAGCAAAACCUCAAGAUGAUGUGUGUGACGGGUGUAUGGUGGCCGGAUAGCUGGAAUAGCGUCUUUCUGUAUCUCUGUUGGUCGUCCCUUAAAAACACUUACCAGCCAAGCUGUGGUUUUCGAGAGAAGUGUUGCAACAGGAGGUUCAACCUUGCGAAAUACUGACACGUAAUAGAAUUCCCGCCCUCAUGCUUCAGCAGACUAACAUACAAUUUUUCUCUUUUUCCCUGCGCAGUAACAACCAUUUUAACUUUUACCUUUUUACCUUUCUUUUCCUAACUUUAAUUCAUUUUCACUCAGUCUCAGUUUGGGCCUAAACGCUGGAGGCAAGUCAUUACAUGACUAGCUUUGUAGUUUUCCCCUCAGGCAUGCUGACUUUUCUCAUCCAGUCCAGCAGUCACUUUAUAUCUCUGCACAUAAAUUUACAGUUCGGGAACAACUCCGGUCUCUAGACCUUUAUACAGAGUUAAUGCUGCAUCUUGCACCCUUGGAUUAUGAUACUCCCAAAAUUUGUGUCUGAUCUUUUCUUUUUUUGGUACUGUAUUCACUGAGUAUUUUGUUUCUUUCGCGAACAUCAACAGUUCGCCAGUGUGUUGAUUUACACUUUUGUGGGGAGUACUAGAGGAGCUAGUGGCUGUUAGAACAGUCAGUUUGCCAUAGGGGAGCUCUUAAGAGGAGCUGCCGAGUUUACUUUGGGAGGUCAGGGACCAUUUUUGUUUGCUUGGGUGCAACGCGAGCAUCUGGGCCAUCCUCCCGCAAGAAUACACCAACGGCACAUUAGCGACAGCACAGCGUCCUAGUGUAAUAACAAAUUACCAUUAUGUCACAUAACAAGGGAGAGAAGGGGACCCCUGAGAUGUUUUGUGACACAGAAAAUAGUUUAGUCCUCUCGCUGCUUUGUUUCAAAAGAUGACUCUUCCAAUGUUCGCCCGUGUCAAAGCCAUUACUCCUGUUUCACAAAGGAUCUCUCAGUCCUCACCAUGGCAACAUAGAUGUUUUAUCAGAGAGAGGGAAAAGACUAAUGCGGUACUAUAGUAACAGGAUGGAGUGGGGGACGCUUUGUCAAGUCAAAGUUGAUGUCUUACUAUUAUGUAGUGAAAUGGAGAUAAACUUGAACGCUCGUAAGCAAAAUCCCUGGCGGAAAAAAAAAUGCAAAUUUUAUCGUCAAGAUCAUUUCGAGUCUGAGCAUUAAAGUUCCCGCGUAAGACGAUUCAGUACAGGUGAUAAGCUCGGCAACCUUGAGUUAAACAAGUGCUGAAAUAUAGAUCAUCUCAUGAGCGUCAUCGCUUUUGUUUGUAUUGCCAGCGUUGAUGAUAAAUAGCAGGGGGCUAUAGUAGCAUCGUGUCCUGAAUGCUUGCAGUCUUACUUACUCUGCACAAACACGUCUGCCAGAGCCGGUAGGCUGUACUUCACGACAUCUUUGUGAGGAAACUACUACAGCAGCGUAAUGUCUCUUUGAUGAAGCCUGAAGAACUGUAAAUAUGUUUUUUGUUUUUUUCCAAAGACACAUAAUGACCAUUUUCAGAUGUCUUGUCUGCCCCUGUGUGAGUGUGUGCGUGCUCGCAGCCGAGUAGCUGUCUUAAUUUAUUUGUGUAAGUGAUUUGCAGGCCUGUUGUCAAAUGAAUAUUGUUGAAUACUGAACUGAUGAAUGCUAGAUAAAGGAAUGUGAUAGUUUACGGCUUUGGUUUGAGCCCAGAGGGAUUAUCUCAACAAGAAAUGAACCUGCACUGAAACACCUGCAAUGAUGAGGCACCUCAGAAUUCACUGAGUCACUGAGUUUUACAUUUUACAUUUACAUGAUAUUGAUUUUUUUUUUUCAUACUUUGUUAUUUUUUUUGUCAUAAUUGUCAUUUUGGCUCUUUGCUGGUGUCCUUUUGAAUCUCUUCUGUGAAGUUGUGGUGAUGACUUUUUCUGUGCGUCAUGGGUGCCCCCUGCUGUUGAAGAGGCUACAGCCAGAGGAAAACACAACGCCUUUUCUCUCCUCUCCUUCGUCUGGUUUCCCCUCCAUGUAAAUUGUACAGACUGCAAACUUAAGCCACACAAAAGAUUU